GCGCAGCCCGAGUCCGAGUCCGGGAAGCCAAGCCUGAGACGGGAUACGGGCGGGAGGACCGCUUUGUGCCUGCGCAGUCCGGAUGGUUGCCAUGGAGUCGGAAGGGGCCUACGAGCCGGGCUUCGUGGGGAUCCGCUUCUGCCAGGAAUGCAACAACAUGUUGUACCCUAAAGAAGACAAAGAGAACAGGAUCCUUCUCUAUGCUUGCCGGAACUGUGACUACCAGCAGGAGGCUGACAAUAGCUGCAUCUACGUCAAUAAGAUCACGCAUGAAGUUGAUGAACUAACCCAGAUCAUUGCUGACGUUUCCCAGGACCCAACUCUGCCCCGAACAGAGGACCACCCUUGCCAGAAGUGCGGCCACAAGGAAGCCGUGUUUUUCCAGUCUCACAGCGCAAGGGCUGAGGAUGCCAUGCGACUGUAUUACGUCUGCACGGCCCCACACUGCGGACACCGCUGGACAGAAUGAAGCCCGUGGAGAUGUCAGCCUCCUCCUUGUCCCUUUCCUGCCGUUACCUUAAUUUCUCUCCUUUCUGACAAACUUCCAGAUUAUUCAACUGCUGCCUGCCUGUGCUUAGACCCCCUCUUUCUUGUUUUCGCCUCUUGUUAAUAAAACAUGGUUUAUAUUUUUACAAAAGUCCCAAAGUUGUGCUUCCUCAAGCCUUCCUGGGUGGGGCAGCUGGGGCUGGCACAUUUGUACACGAUUAAAGUAGCUUGGCGAGAAUAAAAGAAUAAUAGAACCUUAAGAUACCCAGGGGUCAUCUAGUCCACCCCCCAUGAUCUAGGCUUCAGGUCGUGUGAGAUAAAGCAUGUGCGGUUUGCCUGCCUUUCCGUCAUUCCAGCCCACUCCAUCUCAACCAGGAUGAUGGGGCUGAGUGUCCAGUUUAGAGGUGUGGCUUUAAAGAUAGCUUGGGCCCGCCUACUUUUUAAAAAAUGAGCUAUAAUGCAAGACUGUUGCUGGUUUUAAGCAGGACAAAUACUUACAAAGUGCCAUGAAAACUUAUAAGCUAUCUAAAAUAAAGUGAACUUGCAGUGUCAGAUUUUACUAAGUUCUUACAACUUCUUGGCUCAAUUUGUGUUUUUUAAGUACGGUAAGUUCAAGAUGAAGGUAGGUAAGUUCAACGAUGUUCCCUUUAGCUAUGAAGUGCAGAUGGAAGGCAGGGUUUUAUCCCCGUUUCUAUAACUAAAUGUAGUUAUAGAAACAAUUUCUUGGCUUAAGCAUAAAGAACUGAAGAGCUUAAAUAGUUUAAACUACAUUUAGCACUAAUAGAUACAUUAAUGGUUUGAGACUACUGAGGAAGCCCAGAAAACUGUGCUCAGGGAGUGGGCAAUCUGCCAACCCCAAUAAAUUGGCCCUGUCGGGGGCGAAAUAGCAGCUCUUCAACUUUAUGGACUGCUAGGGCAAAACGGGGAUAGAAGGCUGGCACCCUGUCUUCCAUCUGCACUUCAAAGCUACCGGGAACAUCGUUGAACUUACCUAC